UAAAUCUAAAGGUUUGGCCCUCACGCCAUCUAUAAUCACCUGAUGCUCAUCUGAUGCCUCUGGGGCUUUCGUGUUCUGCUGGACAGACCUCUGCUCCUCUUUGGUUUUUGCCUCCCCGGCGUUUUGUUUGCACUUAUUCCUACACCUCUAGCCGGAAGUUCAGACUAUUCAUUCGGGUUAUCUUGACAUUGACCAUUGAAGGAAAACGGAGCAGAAGAGCGAAACAUGGCGACUUCGAACAAUCCGCGGAAAUUCAGCGAGAAAAUCGCUUUACAUAACCAGAAGCAGGCGGAGGAGACGGCGGCGUUUGAAGAAGUGAUGAAAGACCUCAGCAUUACGCGCGCGGCGAGGUUACAGUUGCAGAAGACUCAGUACUUGCAGCUGGGCCAGAACCGCGCUCCUUUCUACGGAGGAUCCUUACCCAACGUCAAUCAGAUCGGAAACAACACAGUUGAAGUGCCUUUUCAAACUUCAGGGCUGGACACAAACAGAUCAACGCGACACCACGGCUUAGUGGACAGAGUCUGCCGCGACCGGAACCGCAUCACGUCCCCCCACCGAAAACCAAUAUCUGUCGACAAACACGGACGCCAGAUUGACAGCUGUCCAUAUGGCUCCGUGUAUCUGUCACCGCCGCCCGAUACCAGCUGGAGGAGGACAAACUCUGACUCAGCCCUGCACCAGAGCACGCUGACCCCCGUCCUGCAGGCCUCCUUCACCGGCGGCUCCCAGGAGCUGCAGCCAAAACGAGUUCUCCUGCUGACGGUACCGGGGUCUGAGGUGGUUAAACAGGAGGUCGAUGAAGAUGAACCGAGCUGGGACUGCAAAAAGGACGUGUCCAGGUCCAAACCCUGCAAGGUUCCCGGGAUCCACAUCUUCCCGACUCCGGAGCAGCAGCUGAAGCCGGCGGCCCACAACACCGGCGGCUCGCUGCCCGACCUCACCAACAUCCAGUUCCCUCCCCCGCUGCCCAACCCCAUCGACUCGGACGACGCGGCGGCCGCCCCGUUCGGCUCCUCCGGCAGCACGCAAGCCCUGGCGAACACGCAAGGAGUGAAUUCCUCUCAGCCCACGGUAACCAUGGAAAUGCAGCCCGAGCAGGACGACGUGGUUCCUCUCAUCCUGAACGCCGGAGACUCCCACCAGCACCAGAACCUGCAGCUCUCGCCGACAUCUCCACCUCUCACCCUUUCUCAGGCGGCCAUCAAUGCCAUGAAUCUCGAGCAGCAGCUGUCCCAGUAUGCCUUCUUCAGUCAGCAGCCAUCGUCCCAGACCCACAAGAGCCAGCAACCGACAGGUCUGGUUCAGCUGCCCUCGUCUGUGAACUCCUGCUCCACGACGGACAACCAGACGUCCUCUCAAAGCAACAUGACCAUAGACAUGAACACGGCCCCGUCCCUCCAACAGUACCGCAGUAGGGUCGGAUCCUCUGCCAAUCAGUCUCCAACCUCCCCCGUCUCCAAUCAAGGCUUCUCACCUGGAGGCUCACCUCAACAUAACUCCAUCCUGGGGAGCGUCUUCUCCGACUUCUACGACCAGCAGCUGCCGUCCAUUCAGGCCACCGCUCUCUCACAGCAGCUGGAGCAGUUCAACAUGAUGGAGACCCCCGUCAGCUCCGACGGCCUGUACAACCAGACCUCCACCCUCAACUACUCGCAGGCGCUGAUGAUGGGCUUGACCGGUGGCCACUGCAACCUGCAGGACUCGCAGCAGCUUGGCUACAGUAACCAUGGCAACAUCCCCAACAUCAUCCUCACAGAUGUGAACUUCGACGUCGACUCCCCGUUCCCGCUGGACGACCUCAAGAUCGACCCACUGACGCUGGACGGCCUGCACAUGCUCAACGACCCGGACAUGGUGUUGGCCGACGCCGCCACGGAGGACGCGUUCCGCCUCGACCGCCUCUAGCCGGCAGGUGCGUAGGCGCCGCCGCCGUGGGGCCCAACCCCAGCGGAAGAAACACUGACUGCUGCCAGCCUGUAGAUGAUUUAUUUUAGACAAGUGUAUUAUAUUUGAAAGAGCUUGAUGUAACUAUUACGAGGGGAGAAUGUCACUGACUAAACCUGUAGAUGUGUUAGCAGUGGAGCGGCUCGGUGACUCAGAGGAAACACCUGUCAGGUUUAGCUUCCCUCUGUGCCAAGCUGGUUGCUCUCAGCAGUGCAUCCCAUGCAGAUAUUCAUUUCCCACUAAUCCCCGUAUACGUCGACAGAGGCGCCCAGGUCAGGCUUGUUGUGAUUUCCCCCUUUGUUCUGUCUGGAGAAGGACGCGUUUUGAUUUGGACCAUGGUAAAUAGCAGUCAUAGGUUAUGCAUGAAAUCACAGAUCACUGUGCAUACUUGUUUUGCCUUAAGAGCUCGACUUUUUUGGUUCUCAUACAAAGACGACUUCUAUGUAAAUGAGAUGGAAGCACUGGGAGUCGGUGGCUUCUACUGUUUCAAAGCGGGUUUGGCCUACAGCGCUCACGACUGCAUUACUGUCGUUCAAGGCGUGCCCAUCCAUUCCCUUAUCCACUCAUCACCAUCGCAUUCAUGUGUGGGUCAAAUCGAAAAGGAUCAAGGAGGUAUUUGUAAGGAAACAAAUGUUUACACUGUUGUUUUGUUUUAUUUUUUACAUGUACAGAAUGUGAUGAGAUUUUGCUUAAUGGUAUCUAUGCAAAACUAUUCAGUGAAUGAUCGAGGACUGUAAAAUGAAACGCUAUUAUACGAACCCAUACGGAAAGGAAGGCAAGGUGCUCGAUUCUCAAGCGAUGCACAGCAAAGGUGCCAUGUUCUUGUGUUUUGGGUGUGUUUUUUUUUUUUUUUUUUGGUUGAUGCUGUUUUUAAAUCACUACAUUUUUUUCUCUCACUGAGGUUUGGAGGAGAAACGAGCUCAGUGAGCGUUACGGUAGAAACUCUCCUGGAUUAACUCCCAAAGAUGUGACCUCAGUGUAGUAGUAGUAGAAAUAAAUCUAUUUUUCCAGACAGUUGAACUGCCUCUAUACUAGAACAGCAUUGUUGAUGCAAGAAUGUAUUUAGGUCACAUCUGUACAGCGGCGCUGCUGCCAUCUUGUCAUCCUCAUCGCCUCUCAUCUCCAGCCUUUAUGUCCUGUAGGACCAAAACCCUUCGCCGGUUCACGUUCACGUACUGUCAUCCGUCGUAUGUGUGAUUUCUCAUCACGCUUGUGUUCUUCGUACCUUUUACCUGUUCCCUGUGAGUCCUGUGUGCUCCUCAGACCCCCCCAGUGUCUCUCUGAUUGACUCACAGCUGUGUCCCCCGUGCGUCAUGAUUGCACUUUAUGCAUUUCUUUAAAACAUGGAUUUACGUAAGUUGAUAUACCAAACACCCCGUGACUGUUAUUUUCACUGGACCUGUUUGCCCUGUCUUCAAGUAAUCCUGCCUUCUUGUAAAAAAAAAAAGAAUUAUGACAAAUUUAUAGUUAUUUUUAGAGAAUUCAUAGAAAGAUGGUCUAUUUAAAAGCUGUUUUUACUUAACCUGUGAGUAUUUUGUUAGCUGUCCACUGUAACACAGUUUUUCCUAAAUUUUGGGAAACGUUUGUAUUUUGAUAGCGUGUCAGUCGCAGUUUCCCUGUUGCAGCUUUCUGCUAAUAAUGGCAUGACUGGGAAAACAGAACUGAAUCAACUAGAAUGUAUGCAUAAUUAAUAACUGAUUAGCAAUUUAAACGUUUAUUAUUGAAAUAGGUAGACGUACAAGUGUACUGUCACUUCGUAGGUGAGAACGUUCAGAAUUUGCAGGGCACAUUAAAAUGCCAGAUGGAAUCAAUCCCUUAGAACUGCAUAUUAACAUAGAAUUAUUCAGGUGAAAUCAAAACUCUCAUGGCAUUAAUAUAAAUUGUUUUCUAGCAGACUAAUAUUCAUCCCAAUCCCAUUAACUCAACAUUCAAACAAGAGCAGCAUCAUGUGUGUCAGGGUCCUCCUGUGCCUGCAUAUCUCCCCAUUAUUCUCAUACAAUGUAAAUCCAACAUGUUCUGAUAUGUGUCAUCGAAUUAGUUUAAAGUGAUGAGUUAGACGUUUUUUUUCCAAGUUUUGGAUGCAUCAUGAGUCUGAUGAUGCCAGUUUGUGUUGCUCGUAUUUCUAACUCAAUACGUUUGUGACUGCACGUAACUCUGGACACCGUCCUUCCUUCGCGGCUGAGGUUUAUUUCCUAUAAAGACGAGGAUCUGCUCUGUUUUGUGUGUUUUGUUUUUCUCGUUUGGUAAAACUGUGUUUCGUCUUCUUUUUUUUUUCAACUCAGUGUCAUGUGUUGGCUAAAUAACUGCUAAGUGAAGCAUCUGAGAUAUGGUAAUCAGCCUUUAAUGCACACGUACAGUAGGAGCUGUUGUUAAGUAUGUUUUACACCGCAAUAUACAGUAUGUGCUUACUUUCUGUGCAAUAGCCACAGAGCUUUAUUAUGUCAUGGUAAAUCUAUAGACUAGCUUUGUAUAUGGCUGUAUCGUAGGAACAAUGUUUUUGUGCUUUAUGUGAUAUGAUGUCAAAGUGAAAAAAAAAUGCACUGAGAAAAACUGUGCUGCAAUGUGUCAUUGUGGCUCUGUAUUCUCUGCCAGACCUUCCACUCCCUUGUGAGCCCGACGUCCUCGUACGUCCCCGUUUCUGUUGUUUUGGGAUCCCACUCGUGCUCCUGUACAUAGCUCAGAGUGAUGUGUCGCCACCCUUUUAUGCAACAUUCAGGUAUCCAUUGGUGUCGCGCUGGUGUUUACAGAGACUAGAGUUUACAACAGAGCAAUGUUUGUUUUUCUCUCCCUGAACGUCUGUAAUAAGAAAUAACUAGAAAGAACCACUUUUUGCUGUUUGAAAAUUAAAAAGUAGUGUCGAAAAAAUAUUAAGACCACAAAAUAUAUUUCUUUUGAAUUUCUGAAUAGUUUUUUCUUUGCAUUUCAAGGCCCUCAAAGCACUUUUCAAUUUACAUUAAAUUCAAUUUUAUUUAUUAUUAUUUUUUAAUAGCUAUGAGUUAGAUUUUAUUGGAUUUAAUUUGACAGUGAAUCUGUCCUCAGCAUCUAAAAUCCACAUCAUGUUUUUUGUUUACUUAAUCAACAGUUAAACCAAAAUAAAUGAAUAAAUAAAAGCCAAAGUUUAAAACAGCCAUAAGUGGGAGAAUACAGAGACAUUUCACCCUCCUACUGUAACUGUUGGCACAAAUACUCUACUGUUUUUAAAUACUUUAUUGGAGUAAAAAGUGUUCCAUGCAUUAACUUGUCAAGGCAUUGUUUACGUUGAACACAACUGAUGCUAUCUUGUCCAUGACUCUUUGCAUGAUAUUUAAAAUACUGUCGUUAAUUUGCUUAACAUGACGCCUCUAGUUUAACCUAUGUCUUAUAAAUAUGCUGGCAAACACUAUUUUGUAAGGAUUAUUACUUUAAAUCUUGUGUAAGAAAUAGACAUAAAUAAAAAAUAGAUUAAAAUACUGUACAGUCGACUUACAUGCUGUAUAUAGAUAUAUUCAGAUUGACUUGACAUGUUAAAACACAAACUGAAUCAGGAACAUGAAAUAGAUUCACUCAGUGGUUUUCCCACAUCUAUGAAUCCUUUGUGUGCAUUUUGAGGACAAGCCCCGUGCUGGUUUAGGCCUCAGACAAUGGCAGCUAAAUUUGUUAUAUUAUGUAUUUUGUUUUAAGUACAGUGAUACUUUAUCAAACACAGCACAUGCAUUUUACUGCCGUGACUAGGCUCCUAUCGUCCACUCACAGCAACAGGAAACAUUUCGCUCAUAGAAUAUGCAAAAUCUAGCGUUCUGCAGCACAGCUUGGCGAGUUGUUGCUUUCAUGAGCUAACCCUUUAAAAAAACGACUGGUUCACACCUUGUUUUUUUCUUUCCUUUCAAAUUGUGUGUUUUCUAUUUUUAAUUGUCAAGUUGGACUAAAAGAAUCCAAGUUGGCUGGAAAUGUGUGCUGUAUUGAAGAUGAAAUACGCUCCUGUUUGAACUGUACCUGAUGUAUUUUUCUUGUGUGAAAGCUUCUGUCUUUGUAGCUUUGCUUUAUUAUUUGUAAAGGAAAAUAAAUAUAUCUGAUUAAACAA